AUGAUCGAAUCGAACAUGCUUCUCCAAACGGUAUCUUCAUCUUCUCCGCCCUUUCACCGUUUCUAUCUCCACCAUUCACAGAUUCUCCCUUCUUCUUCUGGGUCGCUUAAGCUCUCCCCCAAGAAGCUUUCUCUUCAGAUACAUGGAAGGACUUUGGCCAUUCGAUCUUUUCAUGAAGUUUCUGCAAGAGGUUUACCGGUUUUGAGCAAAGCUUUCUUGAAGAAGCUACCAAGCAAAGGAUCUACCUUUCUGCUGGGGCAGAGCGUUUUGAUGCUCUCUGCUAACCCACAGUUAGCAGCAGCAGCAGAAAUCAUCACGAAGCCAGAACCGGUUUACGAAGUUGGAGAGUUGUUUGAGCUAAGCAUUCAGCUCUCCUACUUGCUGUUACUACUGGGUCUGCUCGGAGUUGGUACUUUCUAUGUCAUCCGUCAAGUACUUGUCCGCAGAGAACUUGACCUCUCCGCUAAAGAAUUACAGGAGCAAGUGAGGAGCGGCGAUGCAAGUGCAACAGAGCUGUUCGAGCUCGGUGCGGUGAUGCUGAGAAGGAAGUUUUAUCCUGCAGCCAACAAGUUCUUGCUUCAAGCCAUCCAGAAAUGGGAUGGUGACGAUCAAGAUCUUGCCCAGGUCUAUAACGCUCUUGGAGUGAGUUACGUGCGAGAGGAGAAACUGGACAAAGGGAUCGCUCAGUUUGAAAUGGCGGUGAAGCUGCAGCCAGGUUAUGUAACAGCUUGGAACAACCUUGGAGAUGCUUACGAGAAGAAGAAAGAGCUGCCUCAGGCGUUGAGAGCGUUUGAAGAGGUUUUGUUGUUUGAUCCUAACAACAAGGUGGCUCGUCCUCGACGAGAUGGGUUGAAGGAUCGCGUUAAGCUCUAUAAAGACGUUGUGGCGGUCAAGCCCAAGAAACGGUGA